GGCGAACCGGUUUACCGCCGUGGGGCCCGACCGGUCUCCUUCCUUGGCGUCGGUCAUGCACGGCCACCGCCGUCACUGGCGAUCGCGCGGUCGCCCGCCGAAGUGCUUUCGAAGACAGAUGCGCCCAACUUUCUCUCCAGCGGGCAGCUGUUCGGCGCCGAAAGUCGAGAACUCGUGAGCCAUCCACUGCGCGCCCGCGUGUGAGAAAGCGUCGGACAUCAUGAAGAACUUGACUGCCGCAUCGUCUAUUUGCUGCGUUGACGAGGCUUUAAAGGACCGGCCCGCUUCCGGAAGACCACCGCAAGACCGAAAGCUCUUUCGCGAAACCAUUCACCUGCGGCGACUCACGCGGUACAGCGUGAAUUCUGUUGUAUAGGUAACCUACGAGUUCGAGAUGCUUCACGACUCCUCCUAUCAAGACAACGACGCCUUGCCGAUAUUCAGACGGGAUGUACGAGUGAGCGAAGUUCAUGCGUUUCGCAUCGUAUGCAUCGGUUUCGAGUGGGAUCGUCGCGGCGAGUGUGAUUGAGUGGCAACGGUUUACGAUUUUACGAGUGUCAUACGGAGAACUCGAUGGCGCCGAUUAACCGAGUGCACCUACGAUAGGAACCUUCGCUCGAAGCUCUGGAAAGACUAGUCUUUGAAAACGCAUUCAGCGUAUGCGACCAAAGAUGCACUCGAUAGCGGCUCGCAUGGUCGUCUACUCCCUAUGUGUGUUCGGCGUGUUUGUGAUAAUCUGGUGCAAUCUCUCGGGAGCUCCACCGAAGUACAACAGACACCAAGUUCUGCUGCACAACUUGCCGCCGCUAAGGUCGAUAGCACCUUUCGUCGUGACGGCGGGACAGACCAACACGACGACCGACGCGGCGACUCCCGCUGCUUGCGAGGCCACGCGGACUGCCUCCGCUCUUCGCAAGCCGGUGGACGUGGUGUUCGUGGCCAAGUGGGCCUAUCGAAACAUGAAGGUGACGCGAACCAUGAGCCACUGCCUGAAGAGCAUGUUGGCCAAAACGAACAGUUCGGUUCGCUUCCACGUGCUGGCCGACCCUCAGAGUUACUUGAGACUCAGCCGAACGCUUCGCAGCAUCCAAGAUGAGUCGGAACGAAAGUUUCAGUUCUUUCUCUACAACAUAACUGCCGUGGAAGCGAGCAACCGGGAAGUGAUCGAACUGAUGCGGCUGCUCUUCUUCACCAAAGACGUUGGCCGCUACAAUGAUGACAUGUUCUUCAUCACCGAGAUCUUUCACCGCGUGUUCGACGUGUCGCGCAUUCUGUUCAUCGACCUGGACCUCGAGUUCGAGGAGGACGUCGCGAAACUGUACGCGCACUUCGACUGCUUCGCCGAAGAGACGCUGAUCGGCAUCGGGCACGACCUGCAGCCGCAGUACCGAGUCGACUUCCAGUCCUACAUCGACGCGCACCCCGGUACGGACGUGGGCAUGCCGAGGCCCGGAAAGCAGGGCUUCAACACGGGAGUCAUGCUGAUGGACCUGGACGCGAUGCGCGCGUCCAAGCUUUACAACGAGCUGCUCACCUACGAGAAGCUGGCACCGAUGUGCGCCAAGUACAGCUUCAAAGGGUCUCUGGGCCACCAGGACUUCUUCACUCUCGUCGGCAUGGAGUACCCCGAGCUCUUCUUGGUGCUGGACUGCACGUGGAACCGACAGCUUGACACAGGUUGGUCGCACACAGUGAACAAGGCUACGUUCGACGCGUAUCACAGAUGUGCCGGGAAGGUGCGUAUAUACCACGCCAAUGGCGGUGCCAGGUUCCCGGAACCUGGCAGGUUCCCGGAACCUGGCAGCGAGGACGACUCGGGACCGAAGAUGCGCAAGAGAAAGAAGACAAUUCCUUUGCAUCUGUACCCAAGUUUCCAAGCUAUACGGCAUCAGCCGGUCAUCAGUGACUGCACGACUCGUGUGUGCCCUUGUAUAUAGCGAUGCAGACUUCUCGUGCUCCGUCGUCACAAAAAGACAGCAACACCCAUUUGUCGAGGGCUAGUCUGAACACGAACGUGUUUCUAUACAAGUGUUGCCUGCAUCCAACCGGAAGGUUGUGAAGUGCAUGCAGAUUGUUGGGUUCCUAUUGAGAGUAUGAAGAGCGUUUAGCGGGACUUCCAGAAUGAACCAAGAGUGUACAAGAACAACACUGCCAACAGGCUGGUUUGCUUUAGCGCAACCGUUCUUUUGUGUUCUUAUUGAUUUACACGAAUGCGUAGGAUGCCGUGGUAAUAAAUGUACGAAGGUCACUGGCGCAUCCGGUGACCCUCGAGUUGAAGGAGA